AUAGUAUCACUACAGCACCGACUUGUUGGCCAGCUCUAGUUGCGCUUCGCUCAGUGCUAAUGAAAAAUCGAAUUUUUCGCUUCAAAUCGACUGUAGUUAACACGGGCAAAAGUAUUACAGAAGUUAAAUUCAAGCGGUUACACAACAUGCAAUAAGUAGAUACCGAGGAGCUGAAAUGUCGCAAAAAGAAUUGGCAGCACUGGUCGCCUCAAGAACGAGCCGCAAACGCACUGUAUCCUCGGCCGCAUCAAUUUCCUCUCGCUCCGAACCGAAAUCCAUCAUAGAAAUACACAUAUCCAAUGAUUCCUCGCCCACAAAGAGAGCUUGCCGGGAAGUGGAGAAUGCAACUUUAAGAGCGGAACAGCCACUGCCGCUAGAAGAAGAGAGCCCUGGCCAAGUGCCUCCGCUGACCGAGGAGGAGCAGCAGCGGCACGAUGAGUUCCGGACCAAUGGCUCGAUAUUCCUACAGGAUUUGCCUUGCUUUAAGCUGCAGCAGACACAGCCAGCGGCAGGAUCCUCACCGAUUCCCAAGUGUCGGGAGUGCCGAAGAAGAAAUUUAACUACGAAGGAGGGUGAAUCCAGUGCAGUUAGCGAUGUGUACUGCCGGUUCUAUGAAUUCCGACGUCUUCAGUUCAAUGAGAACGGAGAGCUGGGCGUUGUUGGCUUUCCAAAUCCCUACAGUGAACCCUCACCGGAGGACAUCGCUAUUUGGCAGCCGGAUAAAAACACAGCCCCGACCAGCGGUUACAUGGAUAUACAGGUUUGCAGGUACAUCCUGCUGCAUGCCGGCGACCAGUUCUGCUAUUUGUGGCGUCAGGAAGCAGAGGCUUUGAGGUUGCAUCAGAAUCCGGACGGAACCAUUGCCUGGAAGAAGGCCGUAAAAGGCACACGAGAGAUUUGCGAUGUGUGUGACACCACGCUGUUCAACUACCAUUGGACUUGCCGCAAGUGCGGCUUUGGAGUGUGUCUGGACUGCUUCAAAGAUCGCAAGGAAGGACUCCGACUGCGCCGUGCGGAGAACGCUGCCCAAAAGGGAUGCGAUGAGUACCACUGGCUGCUCUGCAGCGAUCCCAGUGGCCCGCAGGAGCACGCCCUUACCGAGCUGAUGCUAACACAGAUCAUAGCCGGAGAUGCCCUGAACGUCUUGGGCAGGUUGUUGCACGAGGUGCGUACGUUGUGGCAGGUGCCACAGGUCUGCGGCUGUCUUCUGAGCAAGCAAGCGGUAGAGGAUGCACAACUAAACGAGCUGAUCCAGGAUAUGAUUAAGGAGUCGCAGCUAAAACAGCACACCAGCUACUCGUCGCUGGCCUCCGAGCAGAAGGUACACCAGCAACAGCGCCUCGAUCAACUGCAUGCCAAGAAACUGGAGUUCGCUAGAGAGAGGGGUAUAGAUUAUGUCCCAGGACGGGUGUGGACUAAGGAAACCUUAGGAAAGGACCCCAUAACAACGGCGUUUGACAAUUUCAAGCAUAUUAAUUUCCUUAGGAAGGGAUUGGCUGGUUUGAGAAGGUUCCUACCACCUAGGGCCAUGACUUUGGCCCACUCCACUCAGUUGGCUCCAGGAGUUCCUCACGAGUGGCUCUGCGAUGGCAAACUGCUUAGACUCACUGAUGCCAUGCAUCCGGAUAAUCGAGUUCUGUACCAGGAGGUUUGGAAAUGCGGCCAGCCAGUGAUGAUUUCGGAGGUAGCACGCUCUUUGAACUUAGACCUAUGGCAUCCACAAGCCUUUUGCCGAGACUUUGGCGACAAGCCCAACGAUCUUAUUAAUUGCCUGAAUGGGAAUCUGGUGCCCAACCAGCCGAUGCGACACUUUUGGGAGGGAUUUCAGUGUAUGAGCAAGCGUCUGCUAGAUGCCAAUGGCAAGCCCAUGCUCUUGAAGCUUAAGGAUUGGCCGCCGGGCGAUGAUUUUGCCGAAAUACUGCCCACCAGGUUUGCUGAUUUGAUGAAGGGACUGCCCAUGCCGGAGUACACUCUUCGCACGGGAAACCUCAAUAUUGCUAGCUGCUUGCCCAAGAUGUUUGUCCCACCAGAUUUAGGACCCAAAAUGUACAACGCUUACGGCUCUGCAUUGCACCCAGACAAGGGGACAACCAAUCUUCACUUGGACAUCUCGGAUGCAGUCAACAUAAUGGUUUAUGUGGGAAUACCCCAGGAUGGGGACACUAAACCUCACAUGGCGGCCACGCAGAAAGCCAUAGCUCUGGGCGGUUGCGAUUAUAUCACUAGAGCUCGUUGCCAGUCGCCAGAUGUAUUACCCGGAGCUCUUUGGCACAUAUUUCCGGCUCGAGAUGCGGACAAGAUAAGGGAUUUACUUAACCGCGUGACCCUGGAGAAGGGUUUCCGCCUGGAGCCGGAUCACGAUCCUAUUCACGAUCAGAAUUGGUACUUGGACGACAAGUUGCGUGCCCGUUUAUUCAAAGAGUAUGGCGUGGAGGGACAUCCGAUUGUCCAGUGCUUGGGCGACGCUGUCUUUAUACCAGCCGGCGCCCCUCAUCAAGUCCAGAAUCUUCACAACUGCAUCAAGGUGGCCGAGGAUUUUGUCUCCCCGGAAAACAUCACGCACUGCUACCAUCUAACUCACGAGUUCAGAAGGCUCUCGCACUCCCACACAAAUCACGAGGACAAGCUUCAGAUCAAGAAUAUUAUCUACCACGCCAUCAAGGACUGUUGUACCAUCCUGACCAGAGCUUUGGAUGAGCGAAUUGAUGCGGAAAUGGCCAAGCUUAAUGCAGAUUAGAAUUGUCUCACCCUCUCGUUUUUUUUCAACAUUUAUUAUUUUUUUUAAGAUUUUAGAUUGUCAAAUAUUCAAUAAAUAUCUACUU